GGGAUGCAUUCAGAGUGUGCGCACCUGCGUGAGACCAGCAGUGUCCGCAAUCUGCCAUCUGCAACCUGCCGGUACCUUUUUUACAAGUGAGAAGCUGCUCCUUCGUCUGGUAAACGCCCGCGAGGAGGGUUUCUAACGCCUCAUUUAAAAAAUGACUGGAAUAUCUGCUGGAAUACAAACUACGAGGAGCUUUUCCCUCGCUGUGUCCUCUGAGCAGCUGUGACCACCGUGUCCACACACCGACACGCACCGUCCUCCAUACUCGGACAGAGCUUUACUUGUUGUCCUCCCUGCGAGAAACAUGUCACCCAAAUGUCUGGCGUACGUCUUACUUCUGUCUGUCCUUCAUACCUGCUCUUUGACAAUCGAGUACGAAGAUGAGGACUACGAGGAUGUCACUGUGAACCAAAUGCUGGCUCCUAAAUCACAGGAAACCGACGCCACGGAAAUACUCAACAAUUUACUGAAAGAAUAUGAUAAGAAGCUGCGACCAGAUAUCGGAGUUAAACCAACUGUUAUAGAUGUCGAUAUAUUUGUGAACAGCAUUGGACCAGUGUCUUCAAUAAAUAUGGAAUACCAAAUAGACAUCAUCUUCGCCCAGACGUGGACAGACAGUCGUCUCAGAUACAACAGCACAAUGAAAAAAUUGACUUUGAACAGCAAUAUGGUUGGACUUAUUUGGCUACCAGAUACCAUCUUCAGAAACUCCAAGAGUGCAGAUUCCCACUGGAUUACAGUGCCUAACCAGCUGCUCAGAAUAUGGAACGAUGGGAAGAUACUUUACACCUUAAGAUUGACAAUAAACGCAGAAUGCCAGCUGCAGCUGCACAACUUUCCGAUGGACGAACACUCGUGUCCGCUCGUCUUCUCCAGCUAUGGAUACCCAAGAGAUGAGAUGAUUUACAGGUGGAGGAAGAACUCUGUGGAGGCAGCUGACCAAAAGUCCUGGCGUCUCUACCAGUUUGAUUUCAUGGGCCUGAGAAACACUACAGACAUAAUAAAGACUACAGCAGGUGACUAUGUGUUGAUGACAGUGUACUUUGACCUGAGUAGAAGAAUGGGCUACUUCACCAUCCAGACUUACAUCCCUUGCAUUCUCACCGUGGUCCUCUCCUGGGUGUCCUUCUGGAUAAAAAAAGACGCCACGCCAGCCAGAACGGCUUUAGGUAUAACCACAGUGCUGACUAUGACUACCCUUAGUAGUGUGGCAAGGACAUCACUACCCAGAGUGUCUUAUGUCACUGCCAUGGACCUUUUCGUCACAGUCUGCUUCCUGUUUGUCUUUGCUGCUUUGAUGGAGUAUGCAACAUUAAAUUACUAUUCAUACAGUGCUCGAAGACCCAGUUGCAUGGAACCUAAAAGGCUGAACUAUUCUGUCCUGGAUGUGAGACCUCCACACACCGUCAUCACUUUAAACAACUCCAUGUACUGGCAGGACUUUGAGGACACUUGUGUCUACGAGUGUCUAGAUGGAAAAGACUGCCAGAGCUUCUUCUGCUGCUUCGAGGAGUGUAAAGGAGGUGGGUGGAGAAAAGGACGCGUCCACAUAGAUUUACUUGACCUGGACGCAUACUCCCGUGUCUUUUUUCCCACCUCCUUCUUGCUGUUUAACAUUGUUUACUGGGUAGGCUAUCUCUACCUUUAGCACACUGUUUGGUGACAAUAAAUGGACAGCACAGUUUAACAGAAAUCCAAGAUUAAUAAAAAGGUGACACCAGAUAAACUCUUCCCUGUGCUAUCUGUAGCAGUUACCUGGAGACAAAAAAACAGCGUGCAUCUGCAGGCCUGUGCCAAGCAGAGAUUUCUGCCUCUAUGACUUCAGGUAUGAUAAUACGACACUGAUUCCUUUCACUACGCUGUACACAGAGGGAGGACAGGAUGGACUGUGUGCUAAUGACCAUCUAAAGGCAAAGAAGGAAAUGUGCUUUGCACUGCUACCCCAAACUUCUCAAUCAGGAGGAUGACUUGUGUUGUAGGGAAUGUACAGGCACGUUAUUAUCCAGCCAUCAGUUAAAUCCAGUUGAUGAAAAUCCAAGGACAUUCAAACCAUUCAUAGUGCCUUCUUCUGGAGGGGUAGAUAAUAUCUGCUGCAAUAAUCAGGGAAUAAUGAUUCAUAAAAAAUUAAUAGAAGAGCCUGGCUUUGACUGAUUACAGCUGUUCUUAUUCAGAGCUUUGAGUUACAUUUAUAAAACAGCCAUUUGUUGUAACAACCAUAUGAAAAAUUAUUAGGUUUUUAUCUCGUCAUACUGACUUUCAACCAUUAGGCAUGACUCAUUCCUCCUGCUAGUAGCCCUAUACAAUAUAAUCAAUAAACUGGUUCCCAGGGAAGAGAGUGGUUUGAAUAAACCUUACAGCAGAAAGAAUACCGAUACAGUAUGUGCUUUAUUGGCAUAAUUGUUUACGUUAGUGGAUGUGAAGUCAAAGAUUUAAAUGGUUAUUUUAGACUGUGCGUACAGGCACAAAUCUCUCAUCGUUGUACCCACAGGCUAACGCUGUGGCUACAAAAGGCAAUCCAGCACAGAGCACCAACACUUUCAAUGACAGGUUUUUAAAAAAUACCUUUGCUUUAAGGGAAUAUUUUUGGAUCUUUUAAGAAUUUGCUUUCUUGCCAAGAGUUAGAUGAGAAAAUGUCUCUAGUAGUAGGAGCUACAGUCAGCAGUUAGCAUAGCCCCGGUUGACAGCUAGCCUGGCCAUGUCUGAAGGUAAUAUAAUUUGCCUACCACCUCUUUGGAUUUUAUACAUAUUAAACAUAUGUUAUUUACAUUACAUUUAUUUACUGCAAUUAAGUUUUUACCUAUGGAUGGAGCCAGGCUAGCCAUUAGCCCGUUUCCAAUCUUGAUGUUAAUCUGGCUGCAGCUUCGUAGUCAUUGUACAGACAUGUAAGUGUCAAUCCUCUCUAACUGUCAGCAGUUUCUCAUGUAUACCAGCUGCAUUGUCACAGAUUGGGGCCCUCAGAGAUGAAACACCCAGGAAAGAAAAUGCAGCCAUGUGUAUAAUUCAAAUGUUACUUUUCUGGAAUUCACAGCAGCCACUUCUUGCCAGAGCUAUUAACACACUAUAGAUGAAGUGAAUAGGCAAAUAAUUUCUUCUUUUAGUCGUUAAACUAACAACGACCCUUCAGUUUGUUUUUUUCUUUUCCUAACGGGAUGCCCACAUUAAAUUUAAUGGGUGUCAUUUGUACAUUACUGUAGGCACAAAUAUGAUAAUCCCACUCAUCAGGAUCACUCAUCUCUGUUUGGCCGUUGACUCUUAUUUGCAAUAAACAAUAUCACCCUGAAGAAGUUAUAAUACGUCCUGGGAUAGAAUUAUAGUUUUAAUAAGGACUGUUUGUAUUAUAAUUUGAUUCUGUGUUUGUAUUUGACAUUAGCAACCAUUGAAUUGCCUUAGUGUAGCCCGCCCAGAGAUGAACAGAAAUAUAUAUUUACCUCCGAUAACCUCAGCAUGAGGAAGACCUCGUUUCAGCGAUGGUUACGUCUUUGCCUUGGGCAGUAUACUGUACAUAAGCGGAACUUUUUAUAUCCCUCGUUUUCUUUUUAUUAUAUAGGCUACAUAUAUUGUAUGUGCCAAAUAUUUCACACGUGCCCAGUCAUGUUUUCAGGCACGUAUGAACAACACUAAUAGCUUUCAUUACUGCGCAAACAGUACGGUAGUGAAAUGUUUUAGACGUAAAAUAAAUAGUCUAUAUAAAGUUGGCUUUUUAAUUGUGGGGUAUAUACCGAUUGCCAGGGUUGAUGCUGCGUUCACACUGUGGCAGUAUGCAGUCGAUGUGAAACUGAACCGUCAUUAUUUCCAACAGGAGAAUAAUAAUAAACUCCGUCAGCACUGGUGUAAAGUGCCUACUGUGCCUGCAGACAAACUGAUGCUGAAUGAAAAUGGAUGCAGUCACAUGUCAGUGCACCUGUUUAUCACGUCUCCUCAACAAACAAAGUACUGACAGCAGUUCUUCUGACUGUCUUUUACAGCUGCAAAGCUUAAUCGAUUAGUUGUCACAUAUUAAAUUAUUCACCAACUAUUUUGA